AUGGCUCUCAGAGCUGUGCUCAUUCUAUUACCACUUCCAACUACUAUUGCAGUGCCAAUACUUGGCGGAGAACCAACUGAAGCCAAUGAACUACCUAGUACUGUUGCAAUAAGAAGAGAAGGCGGCUGUGAAAAAGAUGUCUGCGGUGGCGCGUUAAUAAGCCCGGAUACGAUUGUUACAGCUGCUCAUUGUUCUGAAAGCAAAGAGACAAAAGAACAAGUCCAUGCGGGAUCACUUAUAAUGACAGUCUGGAAACUAUCUACUCUAAUUCCCGAGAAUAAUUUAACCAUCCGCUAUGCUGAGUUGACAAGCGAGCACGAUUAUCCCUACAUCUUUCUACCGGAAAUAAUUAUAGGCGGUUGGUAUUCAACGUCAAAUCUAUGGCAGCCGAAAUGGGAUUGCCGCAAAAGACAAGCUCUAGUUGUCGUGACGGCCAGCAGACACCAUACAGGCCAUGGUCAUCAUACGGCCAAAUUUGGCUUUCGUUUCGCCAGUUACAGCAUGGCCUACCGAAUGGCAUGUCACUCUUCUGCUCCUAUUGAGUAUCCGGUUGUAGUGGCAAAUGCUGGCAGUAUUUUUGAGCACCGUAGUCUUGGAUAUCUUCCCGAUCUAGCCAUCAGACCUCUGGCAGCCAUGGUCAGUGCUGGUUACGAAAGACAUCGCCGUGAUGGCUCGGCACAAAAAUUUGAACACGUGAAAAGACGGGCUGGCAAAUGUGUGAAAACGGUACUCCUGAGGGAUGUUGUACUUUCCAAGUCCCGUAUCGAGCAUGGUCCCGGCCAUAAUUUUGGCAUUAUCAUGGCCCGGAAGAUCCCAAAAAGGGUCAAGAAUAAAUCUUUGAUAGGAGAGCUACGCAGAGAACUGUGA